AAAAAGGAAGACCUUGAAACGUCUAGACAGCAUAAACAGUCGCAUUAGUUUCACGAAGAUCAAACAAUGCUCCUUCUCAUCCUCAUCAUCAGUUCAGCAUCAGCGCAGACCUUCCAGCAGUUCUGUCUUCCCUUCCACAACAACUACUACCAGCCCAUCAUCGUCAAAGAGGGCGUCAAAGAUGUCCAAAAACUCGUACUUAACCGAAAUGAUAACACCCUAUACUUCAUUUUUAACAAAGUCGGAGAUUUAGGAUAUAGUUUAGGUUAUGUCAAUUUAAAUACUAACCUUGCAGGAGUAGUAGAUGGUAUUAGAAAUGCCUCAUCAGUAACCGUAGAUCAAGUUAAUAAUGUAGUAUACGCUGGCGGGAAAGAAGGUCUAUACAUUGUUAAGUCUAUAGAUGAUAGAAAGGAGCUGGAAAAAAUGCCUGUCUUUCACGAUAUUUUUGAUAUUUUCUUUAAAGGUGUUCUCUAUUUCAGCACAAAAAGGAGAGAAGCAUUCAGGGUUAGAAAUAAUGUUGUAUAUAGAUUACCAGCUUUAGCGGGUGUGUCUGUUGAAAAAAUAGUGUUAGAUGAUGAUAAUAACAUACUUUUUACUGCCAAUAGGAAGUUAUUUAGACUUAAAUUAGGUACUAGAGAUAUAGCUAUGCAUGAAGAUUUACUUGUAGACGGUAUAGCAGUGGAUGAGGACUUUAUACCUUUUGUGACGACAACCCAAGGUAUAUACGUGUAUAAUAAGUAUAAGUAUGCCCUAGAUCCAGUGUCUAAUGAAAGACUUAGAAGUCUAAAUGCACUAACGUUUAGUAAAGAAGAUGAAUUGAUAUAUGAAGCGGCGGGGAAUAUUUAUAAACUAGCUAGGUGUCAGUGAUAUUUAUUAAAAAAGAUUUACAUUAAAAUGUGUUUAAUUUUUCACCAUUCCGUUUAGGUAUAGUCUGUCAAACAACUUGAUCAGUAGAAUAAGGCGCGAAAUUAAACUUUUCUAUAGGCCGAUGGACGAUAACCCUUCGCGCCCAUUUUUUUUAAAUUUACCGCUUUUUCUACUGACGAAAAUGGCUUGACAGACUAUAUGAUUUACCUAUUCGUUAUAGUUGGUCAAGCAAAUCUUGUCAGUAGAAGGCGGCAAAUUUAAAAAAAACCGGCCAAGUGCGAGUCGGACUCGCCCACCGAGGGUUCCGUACUUUUUAGUAUUUGUUAUAGCGGCAACAGAAAUACAUCAUCUGUGAAAAUUUCAACUGUCUAGCUAUCACGGAUCAUGAGAUACAGCCUGGUGACA